AUGAAAUAAAACUAGAAAAAUCAAAAGAAAUGCAAUUUUGAAUUGAUUCCUAAAAAUUCAAUUAGAUUAAAAAAAUUUUGUAAAGGAAUGGCUAUAAAUAAAGACAAUUCAAUAUUAUUAAUAGAUUCACUCUUUGUUAUUGUUAUUUAUACAUUUAAAAAUGGAAAAAUUAAUAAAUUAUAGUUACUUCAAUCUGAUUCUUUAGCAUCUUCAACAUCAACUUUCCUAAACAAGAAAACCUACUUUAUUUCUAGUUCUUAAAAUUCAUUAAUACUAUGGUCAACAACUCUUUUAAGAAGUAAUAAAUAUAUUAAAAAAUUGGAAGAACACUAAAACCCAAUUUGUUGCAUAGCUAUUCAUCCUAUUAAUGAGAAUCUAAUAUUUUCAAGUAGUUGGGAUAGUAUUGUUAAAAUUUGGUUACUUUCAUCUAAAAAGAAUCCCUGUUAAUAAACAAUAUAUGUUCCAACAGAUAGAAUUAUUUAACUAAUAAUCAAUGAAGAAGGAAAUAAACUAAUAGUUUUAGGAGACAACAAAAAAAUAUUAAUACUGCAAUAAAAUGGAAAUUUAUGGAUUAAUUAAUAUCAAGUUGAAGUUGAUUAAGAAAUAAAUAAAAUUUGCUUCAUCAAUAACAAUAGUUUCAUUUUUUCUUCAAAAUAAAUGGUCUUAUAUUCUCGUUAAGCAUAAAAUUUAUAAACAUAUAGUUUACAAGAUGAUAUAUUGAUUUAUUAAUUUGCAGACAAUCUAUUAAUUAAUGAAUGUAUCCAUUUUUUCAAACCAGAAACAUUUCCAUUUUUUUAUGAUUAAAAAAAGUAGAUUCUUUUGGUUGUUGGUUUAUGCAAUAUUUAUAUAGUCAAAUAUCUAAAUGUUAAUUCAGGAAAAUUAAUUAUAGAUUAAGUAAUUAAAUAUCGAGAUCAUCAAUAAAGUUCAAGUUUCAUUUUUGCAUUUAUAAGUAAAGAUGGAAAAUAUUUAAUGAUUUCUGACUUAAUAUAAUUUUAAAUUGAUAUUUUUGAGUUAAAAUAUAUUUAUUGA